AUGUGGCCACUUUGUGAUAAAGCAAAAACUAUUGAUUUCACUAGAAAAUUUGAUACUUUAGAUGAUGCCAUCAAUUUUUUGAAAGGUUUAGAAUGUUUAAAUAAAAAAAGAGGUAAAGAUUAUAUUGGUCGUUUUGUUUUUGAAUGUAGAACUAUUGAUUGUUUUUUUUGUGUCGAAAUCCCACAAGGUGAAGAAAAUUUUGUAUUAAUUAAAGGUAACUAUGAUCAUUAUUCAGAUCAAUUAUAUUAUUCCUUACCUUCAUGGCCACCACUUCCAGAAGAUUUAGAAGCUAUCGGUGAAAUAAAACUGACUAAAAAAACCUGA